AGGUCGCAUAGGCCUUCCAAGGGUUUUGAGCUGCAAGAAGGAGUUGCCCCCCAGAUAGCGACGUGGCGUAGACCAACGCAGUGAAGAUGCUGCCCAUGCAUGCUGCCUCUUCAAGAGCAAAAAGGCAUGGUUAUCAGACCGGGCAGAAGGCUACAAUAUUGGGCGGAAACUCAACUUUCUCGAUACAACCUCACAAAUUUCAACCGCGAACACCUCCGGCAGUAUUACGGCGAAGACAACUUCUCAGACGCUUAGGACUUCUCGCAGCUCUCCUCUUCAUCUGCUUCUGCUGCUUCUCGUCAUCGUUCAGAGCAGCCGUCAUCCCUGCAGUAUCCCUUGGGCUAUUCCCAGCGUCGGGAGACUACCAGCUAGAGACUGUAAGAUACUAUGAUCUGAAUAAUGUUCAGGGAACAGAAAGAGGGUGGGAAAGAGAGGAAAGGAUACUUCUGUGUGCGCCGCUGAGGGAUGCUGCCACGCAUCUACCUAUGUUCUUUGGCCACCUUCGCAACCUGACCUAUCCGCAUAAGCUGAUUGACCUCGCUUUCCUUGUUGGAGACUCAAAGGACAAUACGAAUGAGCUGUUAUCUCAACUUUUAGAAGAAUUGCAAGCCGAUGAAGACCCAAAGAUGCCGUACGGAGAGAUAUCUGUGCUAGAAAAAGAUUUUGGACAGAAAGUGAACCAAGAUGUCGAAAGUCGCCACGGAUUUGCCGCGCAGGCUGGGAGGAGAAAAAGCAUGGCACAAGCCAGGAAUUGGCUACUGAGCGCAGCUUUGCGACCCACCCACAGCUGGGUGUACUGGAGAGACGUAGACGUGGAAACGGCGCCAUUCACCAUACUGGAGGAUUUAAUGAGACAUAACAAAGAUGUCAUAGUACCUAAUGUAUGGCGUCCUCUGCCAGACUGGCUUGGAGGAGAACAACCUUACGACCUCAAUUCAUGGCAAGAGUCAGAAACUGCGCUCGCGCUUGCGGACACCCUUGAUGAGGAUGCCGUCAUAGUUGAAGGAUAUGCCGAAUAUGCGACGUGGAGACCCCAUCUAGCAUAUCUGCGCGAUCCUUAUGGUGACCCGGAUAUGGAAAUGGAGAUUGAUGGGGUUGGUGGCGUCAGUAUAUUGGCCAAGGCGAAGGUUUUCCGCUCUGGCGUGCAUUUUCCCGCUUUCAGUUUCGAAAAGCACGCCGAGACUGAAGGGUUUGGCAAAAUGGCCAAGCGCAUGAACUAUUCUGUUGUCGGCCUACCGCAUUACACCAUAUGGCAUCUCUACGAGCCCAGCGUUGAUGAUAUCAGACAUAUGGAAGAGAUGGAAGCGGAAAGAAAGAAGAAGGAAGAAGAAGAAAAAGACAAAGAGCAGCGACUGCAGAAAGUCAAAGAUCAGUUCGAUAAUACAGAGAAACAGUGGAAGGACGACGAAGCUAGUAUCAAGCAAACCACCGAGAAGGAAAAUGAUGCCAAGAAGUCAAAACAAGCUUCAGCGAAAAAUCCCAGUGAGAAGCAAAGCGACACAGACGACUUGCCUAAGCAUCAACCUUUGGAGAUCGAAGAAAAGCCCAAGAAGAAGCCGCAGGAGAACCUCAAGGAGAAGCCUCAAGAGGAGACUCAGGAGAAGGCUAAAUCGAAAUCUCAAGACAAGCCCCAGGAGAAGCCCCAGGAGAAACCCAAGGAAAAGUCCCAGGAGAAGCCACGGCAGAAUCUCAAAGAGGAGGCACAGGAGAAACCCAAAGAGAAACCCAAAGAGAAACCCAAAGAGAAACCACUGGAGCAGCUCAAAGAACAACUCAAAGAGAAGCCACAGGCGAAGCCACAGGAGAAGCCACAGGAGAAGCCUAAAGAAAAAGCUCAUGAGAAACCCGGCCAAGAAUCAGGAAAUGCGAAGUAAGUAAAUUGAUAUAGCCUGUCAGCGUACGUCAAAACUAAAUAUUAUCAUCUAGGAACGCAAAAGAUGAGAAAGACCACGUCUGAAUAUAUAAUACUACUAAUAGAGCAAGUGCUCCUAAUGUGCCAGUCCCCAACUGCAGUCAUCUGCGCACUUUACUCACGGGAGCCUUAUCAGUCCGGAGUUGAUACC